AUGGCAUCAUCAAUAACUUUGCAGGGGUUGAUGAUAAACGAUAUUGCAAAAAGUUUGAACUUAUCAAAUUGCUUGGAUACAUUGGCAAGCAAAUUAAGCGGUGGCGAACGGAAGAGACUCUCUAUCGGCGUAGAAAUGAUCGCCAAGCCAUCCGUUUUUUUAUUAGAUGAACCAACAAGCGGCCUCGACAGUGUGACUUCUAAUCAGCUAAUUAACUUGCUGCACGAUAUGGCGAGAACGAACUGCACUGUGGUUUGUGCGAUACAUCAACCCAGCAGGAAAAUGAUUUCGCUCUUUGAUGACAUUAUGGUACUCAAUCGAGGCAGAUGUAUGUAUUGCGGCCCAAAGAGCGAGAUCUUAAAAACAUACAAUAUUGCUGGAUUUACGUGUCCCAACUUCUGCAAUAUAGCCGAAUUUGUGCUUGAGGUAAUAACCGGACAAAUGAAUGGAGAUUUGGAGAAUCUGCACAAGAUAUGUCGUAAUGAAUACGAAAAGUUCAGAUCACGCAAUGAACAUAAUAAAGAAGAAUUGGAUUCAUUGACUAAUUUCAAACAAAAAUGUAAGACAGACAAUAAAGAUAUAUCUAUAAAUAGCAUAAUACAAAAAAAAUCGACUUGGGAAGAACAAAAGAUUUUAUUUUUACGAACUCUAAUUUGCAUCAAGCGAGAUAAUAUGUUGACAAAACUAAGAUUUGCGAUACACGUCGUAAUCGGGUUGGUAUUAGGGAUAAUCUUUUAUGACUUCGGUGACAAAGCAGAAAGAGUCACGAGCAACAUCUCUUGUUUAUUUAUCAUUCUGAUGGUUACAUUUUUCUUAAACUCCGUACUGACAGUGCUAACAAUUCCCACGGAAGCGGCAGUAUUUUUACAGGAACAUUUAAAUGAUUGGUACUCUUUGAGAUCUUACUACAGCGUAAAAGUAUUAACAGAUCUCCCGAUGCAAAUACUUUGCACCUCAUUUUUUGUGCUUAUAUUAUAUUAUAUGACAGGACAGCCAAUGGAAUAUGAUAGAAUUUUAAAAGUAUGGAGCGUUUGCCUAUUAACGAUGAUUAUUGGAUUAACGUUCGGGAUAUUUCUAGGCGCAGCUUUUGGUGCUGAGAUAGGGGUAUUUAUAAUUCCGGUAACAAAUAUAGCAUUUGUUCUAUUUGCUGGAUUUUUCUUGAAAACAGACGAAAUACCGAUAUACCUACAGCCCUUAAGCACUGUAAACUUUUUCAGAUACGCAUUUGAAGGAGUAAUGCAGGCGGUCUACCUUGAUCGACCAGAUCUAUCAUGCUUGAAAAUCAAUUGUUACUGGAACUCGCCGAAAGAGAUUCUCUCAAUGAUGGACAUGCCAACAGUGCCAUUUUACGUAAUUCUAAUAAUACUUGGCUCUUCGUUACUGUGCUUACACAUAAUCACCUAUGCAUUAUUUCGUUGGAAAAUUUAUCGUGCAGAAAAGUGAUAUAUUCAUAUAUAUUAGUUAAUAUUCAUCUCAAAAAAGAAAGUAUGUUUUAAACAAAAAAUUAUCUACUGUGCAAAUUCUCUUUGUAACAGUGGCUAGAAUGUAAAGAGAAAUGUGGAAUUAGAAGUAUAAAAGGUUGUACAAAUUUUUUAUAAUUAAAUAUAUAACAUGCUCAGUAAUAAAAAUAAUAUAAUAAGAUUUAUUUUCUUAACUGAUUAUGACGAUAGCGUAUAACGAUUGUUAUGUAUAGUACAAUAAAUUAAGUAUGACAGUAUAAUAAAGUUAAGUAACUUAAGAUACUAAAAAUGAAUAAUCAAUGUGUUAACUUGGCAAAAUUAGCAAGAAUGUCAAAUCGAUCAAUAGCUCAGAAUUUUAAUUUAAUUUUUAUAAAUAAUGCAACAAAAUAAUUAAAUGUUGCAAUUUUAAUAUAAUUAACUUAUAGAUUGCAUUUAAUCAAGCACGAUAAAUCGCGUUAUGUGCCAUAAGUUUCAAAUUUUUUCAAUAAUUAAAUCUGUAAAAAUAGUAUAGUAGUAUCACCAAUGCAAAAAAGUUUUUACAGUGACAAAACUACAAUUUACAAUAUUAAUUAUUAUGAUUUACAUAACUAAAAGUUAAUUUAUAAGAAGAUUAAUGUGAGAAAUUUUCUUUAAAAAAUGUUUAAUAAGCGACAAUUAUUACGCAUUUGUUGUAAGAAAGUUGUUUUAUAGAAGAAUGUUAUUUUAAUUAAGAUACAUAUCAUGAAAUUAAUAUGACUGACAAUUUAUUAUUUUAUAAAAUAUAAU